UGAGGUUAAGGAACUUUCACCUGUUCCUUGGUCAGUCGACUCUGUGGUAACAAAAAUAAGAACAACAAUAAGAAGAAAUACUACAGAAAUGCACCAGAUAUUUAGCAAAACACUGUUCAAUGGUCUCAAAAGGUUCUACAGCUCAUCAUACCCUCUUGUAAAAAAUGAACUGUCCAAAUUUGUUCCUGCCCCUGUUACACUAGUUAGGUCAUUUUCAAGUGUGUUUCAACCCUCUCAGUACGUACCUGUAAGUCACAAUUUACUCCAAAAUCCAAAGGUAAAAUGUCUGACCAACAACAUCCAGACCCGUUCAGUCAUAAAGUUUUCUAUGAUGAAAGGGAAAAGGAAAUCAGUAAAGGACAUCCCCUACAGGUUUUAUCGGUUACGUUGGGGCAUAUGGAUACGUACCAUCGCUGGUAGACACAAGCAUUUAUGGAAGAAGAGUGGAAGAAGGAAGAAGAGGUACAUGCCAAAAGCAUGGAUUGUAAAAAGGAAAGAAGAUACAGGGGCAAGUUGGCACCAGACUCUGGAACAAGGGACACUUCCUCUGGGAUACCGUUCAGAACUGCGCAGACCAACUCGUCUUCAGGGUCUUGGAAUGAAAAAUGCAAUGGGCGUAACUGUUGAUGCCACGGCAGGCCAGGACAUCCAGACUUUAGGGAACGAUACAAGGCCUGACAAGCGCCCCAUAAAGUCUGUGCUUUUCUUGUAA